CGAUCUCCCUGCAGGUACUCCCAGGGCCUCAGAGGAGCUGCUCUGUGCCAAUUCUGUGAGGUCUGGGAGGUCAUGGCAUGGGAGGAGCAGAGCACCCCCAGAGCUGGGAGAAUGGAGGGCUCUCCCUCAUCUCCUGUGCCCCUGCCACGUUUCCUCAGAAUCUCAGGAUGUUGUCUGGGACUGACAGCGAGUGUCCGGUGAUGGAUGCUCAGUGUAGAGAGGGGCCAGGCUGUGUGGGACAUCAGCCCUUCUCCCACCCCUGUCACAGGAGCCCCUGGAGACAUCAGCUCCCCAACCACCCAGCCCUCAGCUGGAGACACCGAGACGAAUUCGUAUGACAGUGACAGUAACAAUAGCGGCCUGUCGACACAGUAUGUUUAUAUCCUCCUUGUGGUCGCUGGGGCCUUUCUCAUUUGUUUAUUCCUCCUGGUCCUCUUCUUCCUCUUUCGUCGGCAUCGGAAAAAACUUGGGCUCCCCAGCAGCAGAGGCAAGGAGCAGAGGCCCCAGGAGAGGCUCAGCCCGGCUGUUGACAUCCUAGGGAGGACACCAGAUCUGGCCAUCGUCGAUAGUCCUCCUAAGAAGGGCAGGGAAAUGCACACCUCGGUGAGUCCUUGUCUGAGUUACCUAUUGCCGUGUAAUAAAACUACCCCAAAUCUAGCAGCUUAAUAAAAUUAUCUCAGUUUCUUGGAUCAAGAAUGUGGAAGUGGAU